AUGCAGUCGACCACCAAACAUAAUGAGGAUGCUCACGAAGCAGCCAUGCCGAUGCCGAGUGAAGAAACGAUUGAUCCUUUGAACCUGGCAAAAAUUGUGGAAGCCCGGCUAAGAGAUUCGGAUGCCACUUCAAGCACACAAGGGCCCACAAUGAAUUUUCUUCCAACAAACAAAGGCACACAGGCUGCUGAUCUAGCCACACAAAAAACUGCAGAAUAUGAGGAAGAAAAUGUAGCAAUAGUCGAUCUGGCCAGAAUAAUGGAAGCUCGACUGCAAGAUUCAGGUCUCGACCAAAGGGAGAAUACUACCACUUCAGAAGGAAUCAAGCAAAGGACUUGCAGUGGCAAAUUGGUUGACGAGGAAGACAAUAUUGCACCAAAAGAUCGGCCGCAAGCGAGAAGUGCCGACAAUGCCAUUGCCCAGAGUGAAGCCCGAGAGAGAAAACACAUCAAGCUGGUCAAGACGUUUCUUUUGAUUGGUGUCAUAGUUGUCCUGGCAGUGAUAGUGAUUUUGAUUGCCACAUUGUCAUCAUGGAAAAAGACGGUCGAGACAGACAUGCAAUCUCCCCCCCCAACGUCAGCACCGACUUCUUAUUCAGAAUACUGGCUGUCACUUUUCCCAGAAACAACAAUCUCUGCGAUUCUGGAGAACACAGAAUCACCCCAGUCAAGGGCAUUUGAAUGGCUCAUGGAAGAGAUUGACAUCCUACACAAUCUUACAGAGGAGAGAGUUGUACAACGUUUCACACUUGCAACAUUCUAUUUUGCCAACAGCGAAGAACAAUGGCUCUUCAGUGACAAUUGGCUAAACCACAGCGUUCAUGAAUGCCUUUGGUAUUCAAGUUUAGAGGAUUUUUAUUUUAUUGUUGAGGCCAACAUAGUUUUCCCACUGGAUCACAUCAGUCCCUGUGAGCAAGAUCCAGCUGGAUAUCUAGAGGAUGGCAUCUUGUACCAGGGAGAUGGAAUCAUCAAGCACUUUUGGAUAUCAUUCAAUGACCUGAUGGGAUCAGGGAUUCCACCAGAGCUCUACUUGCUUACUGAACUUAGGAGCCUGGCAUUGGAUGGAUUGAACCUCACCAGCACCAUCCCAGAAGAGCUCUCUAGCCUUCCCAGUUUGGAGUAUAUUUCCAUGCUCAGUUGUGGCCUUUAUGGCUCCAUUCCUGAAGUACUGGGCACUUCGUCAAGACUUGGAGUUGUCUACUUUGGCUUCAAUUCUCUGACAGGAACUAUUCCAUCAUCCCUGUUUUCCCUUACAGAAUCAAUGAGGAGCUUUGGUCUACUAGAAAAUCAGCUGACAGGUCCAUUUCCAACAGAACUGGGAUUGCUUACUAAUUUGCUGGGUAUUGUGUUUGAUGGAAACUUAUUCACGGGGACGAUUCCCACAGAGCUUGGGCAAGUGUCUCCCUUGUAUUCAUUAGAUCUUUCCAACCUUAUGUUGAGUGGCACUAUCCCAGCAGAGCUUGCUGUUCUUACAGACAUUGCAGUUCUGCAACUGCUUAACUCGGGUCUUCUCGGGACGAUCCCCAAGUGGCUUGGCAACAUGACAAUGCUGGAUACUUUGAUUCUGGCCGACAACUCCUUUACUGGGAUUAUCCCAACAGAACUUGGCCUGCUAACAAAGUUGUUUUCCUUAUGGCUUGGUGGGAAUGCUUUGUCGGGCACAAUCCCAAGUGAAUUGGGAACGUAUGAGCAAAUGCUUGCGUUGAGCUUGGAAAUCAAUGUCCUGACAGGAACCAUUCCUACAGAGUUUGGACAGCUUACUGGUGUACAGCAGUUGUUUCUACAUGGCAAUGAUUUAACUGGAACAGUGCCCCUGGAGCUUGGCAAUGUUCCUUUCCCUCCACCUUAUGGUCAAGUCUUGUUGCACGGAAAUGAGGAUCUGUUUGGUGUUAUCCCCGCGAGCUUGUGUUCUGCCAACAACCUUACUUUUGACUGCAGCGACCUGCUCUGUGGAUGUGACUGGUGUAACUGUUCUGACAUUGAAACAUCACUGAUACUGGAGGGGGAGACUACCAAUGAUGAAGAUGGUCAGCAGCUGCGUGAGGCAAACCGUACUACUGAGGAGAACCAGACUUCCACCUGA